GUGGAGUUUCCUGUGAAAGAAGAAGAAGAAGAAGAAAAAAACCCCAGUGCAUCUUAUUAAACACACAGUUCACGUGAGACUAAAUGGAGCUAUAACGUACAUGCAUAUUCUUGAUAUUUCUUCACGCACUGGAUGCUUAUUCUCUGGAUAAGGUUCAAACACCUGGAUUUUAUAUAUAGUCCGACUCUUGUUGGUGAAGUUUUCAUUUUUCUGCGAUGUCCCGAGCCUCGGACCCGUUACCGAAAGCACGCCAGGAAAGAAUGAAGGACAUUAACAUAAAGAACAAGGAGAAGGAGCGGAUGAAGGCGCGGGAGAAGGAGACGAAGGAGCGCGAGUCUCGUUACAGCAACGGUCACCUCUUCACCUCCCUCAGCGUGUCUGCCACCACUCUCUGCUCCGCGUGCAACAAGAGCAUCACUGCCAAAGAAGCGCUCAGCUGCCCCACUUGCAAUGUGACCAUUCACAACCGCUGCCGUGACACACUGGCCAACUGCGCCAAAAUGAAGCAGAAGCAACAGAGGCUGGCGCUGGUCAGGAACGCUGCAACCUUACAUAAUGUGGCCCUCCGUAGCAAAAAUCCAAUACUGAAGGAGAGGCCGAGUUCAGCCAUUUACCCGUCAGAGACGCUGAGACAGUCUUUCCUCGGCUCCCGCAAAGGACGCUCCACGCUGUCCCUCAACAAGAGCGUCUCCACCAACAACAUUGCAGGAAGUCUGAAUGAUGACUCUCCUCUGGGACUGCGGCGGAUUCUGUCUCACUCCACAGACUCUCUGAACUUCAGGAACAGAGCCAUGUCCAUGGAAUCCCUCAAUGAUGAAGGAGAAAUGUAUUACACAUCAAUGCUGGAGGAGCUGGAGAAGGAUGGGAAGGAUUUUGAGGCAGAUUCCUGGAGUCUGGCUGUGGACUCAUCUUAUCUACAGUCUCAACGCAAAGAUGUCAUCAAGAGACAAGACGUCAUAUACGAGCUGAUUCAGACGGAGAUGAACCAUGUGCGAACGCUGCGGAUCAUGGAGGGGGUGUUUCGCAGAGGGAUGCUGGAGGAGGUGUUGAUGGAGAUGGGUGUAGUUCAUGCCAUCUUUCCCUGCCUGGAUCAGCUGCUGUCUAUUCACUCAAGUUUCCUGAGCCAACUACUGCAGAGGAGAAACCACAGCCUGGCUGCCAGCAGCACCCGCAACUUCACCAUCCAGAAGCUGGGAGAUAUACUGGUGGAGCAGUUCUCAGGUCAGAAUGCAGAAGAGAUGAGGAAGUGCUAUGUUGAAUUCUGCAGUCGGCACCUGAAAGCUGUGAAACUCUAUAAGGAGCUGCUGGCGCGAGACAAGAGGUUCCAGCAGUUCAUACGGCGGGUGAGCAGAGGUUCUUUACUGCGUCGCCAUGGCGUCCAAGAGUGCAUCUUACUGGUCACUCAGCGCAUCACAAAAUACCCCGUGCUCAUCAAACGCAUACUAGACAACACUAAAGGUAGUGAAGAGGAGAGUAAAUCUCUGGCUCACUCUCUGGCGCUGAUCCGGGAGCUGCUGUGUUCCGUGGAUCAGCAAGUUCAAGAGUUAGAGCGAGCUCAGCGUUUGCAGGAGAUCCAGUCCCGUCUGGACCCUCGAGCUGAGACCAAGGUGAAGGGUGGAGGAGUGUUUCGCGGAGGAGAGCUGCUGCGCCGCGGCCUCAUUCAUGAGGGAGCUCUGCUGUGGAAGACUGCUCAAGGCUCCAGACUCAAAGAUGUGCAGGUUUUGUUAAUGACUGACAUCCUGGUGUUCAUGCAAGAAAAAGACCAGAAGUAUAUUUUUCCCUGUCUGGACAAACCGGCAGUGCUGUGCCUUCAGAACCUGAUUGUGAGGGAUAUAGCCAAUCAGGAGCGAGGAAUGUUCCUCAUCAGUCACUCCACGCCUCCAGAGAUGUACGAGCUCCACGCCACCUCCAAAGAGGACAGAAACACCUGGAUGAAGAUCAUUCAGCAGACAGUGAGCAACUGUCCAUCAAGAGAGGAUUUCCCUCUGAUCGAAACAGAGGACAAAGCUUUGCUGCGCAGACUCAGAGCUGAUAUCCAGCAGAAGGAUCGAGAGGUGCUGGAGCUGUUACAGGAGCGUGUGACGCUCUUCUCUGAUUUGGCCGAGGUCACUGGAGGUCAGAGUGUUACCGUUCCCACAAACUCCAGAAAUAUAUUCAGAGCAGAUACACCCUACGCUCCUCAGGCGGAACGGCUGCUGAAUGACGCCAUUGUUGAGGUGGACAGACUGAGUGAAGUGCUGUUGGGUUCCUGCAUUGACCGUCCACAGUCGUGCAGAGUGAAUGGUGAACCGACAGAGGUACAAUUCACCUCUAAAACAACAGAUGAAGGAACGAUAUCAGUUAACGGGACUCAUGAAGUAAACGGUCCAUCUAACAAGGACAGGAACGGGAACCAGCUGCAGGACAAGACGUUAAAUGAGGAGGUGUGUCAGCGACUGGUGAACCUCAGCACUCAGCUGCACGCGCUACAGGCUGCAGUGAUCCGGCAGGACUCUUUCCUGGAGGUGUACAUGCAGAAGGACUCGUGUCCCUCUGUGCCCCAUGAGCCUCUGCUGGAGGCGGCAGGGCCCGAUCUGACAGAGCUACAGCACAAAUACAACCUGCUACAAGGGGAAGUGAUGCGACUACGGGCCGCCCAGGACAAGAGCAGCAACGGAGCGCCAGUUCAAAAACAAGACCCGAAGAAAGCACAAGACACAGCAGAGAAAACAGCGGAUCAGUUAGAUGGCAUGUCUCCUCGAGCCGACAGUCCCAGAGACCUGCAGGAUAUUCCGGAGGAGAGUGAGUGUGGGACUGAAGCUCACAGUUAACAUCCGCUCCGCUGCAGACGCUCACAGAAGCUCCUCAGAAUCACGACUCAAGGCCCGUUCACACCAUCUGAACCAACGGCUGUUAAUGCGUCAGUUCAGACCGACACAACUUUCACUCGCUGUCAACGCCACGGAUAUUUUUAACGGAGAGGGGUUGUAAUCUCUUUUUCAUCGCUCUGCGAAUAAUGCUAAUCAACCAAUAGGAUAUACGCUUUUAGUCACAUGGCCAGAGCCGCUACUGUUACAUAACACUAUGGCUGCAUCUGAAAUCGCAUACUUCUCUACUAUAUAAUUGGUGAAAAACAGUAUGUGAUGAAAGGAGCACGUCUGAAUUCACAGUAUUCAUAAAAGAGUAGGCGAAAAGCACCCGAAUGACCUACUACUCCUGCUGAGAUUCUGAAGUGUGCAUAUGAUGGACACUUUACUAUCCCAUGAGGCCACUGGAGACGAUUUGUGAAUGGCAGUAAAGCGAUACAACUGACGCUGGUAGAUCAUGGCGUCCAGAUUACAUUAACACGCUCAUAUAGAACGUACUCUUCAGUGGUCGUGAAGUAAUUACUUAUUCAAAAUAAGCACCUCCUCAAGAGAGUGUGUGAUUUCAGACGCAGCCUAUGACUCUCAAACUGACUGUUUUAGCAGAGGAAGACUCUGGAAGCGUCUCUCUCGUCUCUGUACUUUUGUAUUUUAACACCACAGUGAAUCCAAAACUCUGAACGGCUGUUUGAAAACAUGUAAAUACUGUCAGACUUCUCAGUGAAAGAGUGUCAGAAGCACAAAGCUGAUUUGUGUACUGGAGAAACCAGCUGUUUCUGCUCUUCUAUAAGGGCCAAUUUUGUAUUUUCAUUCAGCCGGUCUGUGGUUCAAACAGGCAAACUGAGCGUGUGUUGGUGUGAACAGGCCUGUACUCUGUAGAAUACUGUUACUGCAUUUUAUAUUAAACAUAGUUUAGAACAAUUAAGUCUUUUUUAAAAAGAUGUUUCAACAUUUUACAGUUGUUAUUUAAACAGUUUAUGGUGUAUUUUCUCUGUUUGAUGAAAGGACUAAAUUAUGAGUUAGAAAUGAAGGAAACUUUAGAGGAUAUUCUGCUCAUACUCUGACUUUAGCUGUAUUAUUAAUGUCCAUUGUUAUAUUAUUGGAAGGAAGUGCUGUUCCUCUGCUGAAAACACAUGAUAUUAUGAUGAAGAUUAUGAAAUGUAGCUCAUGAAAUGUCCUGGUUAUUUGGCAGUGACUUGUUAUAAUAACCACGAGGGUUCACCUCCUGUAAAGGGUUAUAAAUCAUUAUGAGCAGCGGAGGUCUUCUCCUGUACUGCUAGAACAUAUUAAUGUUGAUAUUGAUAACAGAAUGUAGUGGAAAAAUGAUUGUGAAUUCUUCUCUGGCCACUUGAAAUCACACUAAAGCUGUUGAUAUUGUGUAUGUUUGUAUAAAUGAAUGUUUGAGGAAGAAAAGCAUCCUUUAAACAGCUGUUCAUUCAUUGUUUAUAAUUAUAUUGCAUUUUUUAUUUGUUUUUCAUUGUACUGUGUUUAAAUAUAUGGCUGUAUCAUGUAUUUUGCCAUUUUACUUUGCAUCUAUAUAAAUGCAUUGAGAAUC